UCAAUAUUUCUGUCGAGUGUCGGCCGCUUAGCCUGACAACUGACGUGUCAGUGUUUGUUGGCAACUUUAGCACUGUGCGUGUACGGGUUAACGGGCGCUGCCGGUGUUUUUAAUAUUGACCGGGUCUAGUUUGGCUCCAAAAUUUAAAUUACGACGUGCAGUUUAUAAAAAUACAUAAAAAGUAAUCAUGACUAGCCGACAAAGUGUUUUAUAUUUAUUCGACGUCGACGGAACUUUGACGAAACCCCGGCAGAUUAUAACAGAUGACUUAAAAAGUUUUUUAAUAGAAAAAGUAAAACCAAGGGUUUCAAUCGGACUCGUCAGUGGUUCCGAUUACGUUAAAAUUGUGGAGCAAAUGGGCGGGGAAGAUGCGACGAACCAAUUCGACUACGUAUUCUGUGAAAAUGGGGUGAUGCAAUACAGACAAGGAGAAUUAAAAAGUACACAAAGUAUAUUGAACUAUAUUGGCGAGGAAACACUUCAAAGGGUCAUUAAUUUCGCUUUAGGUUAUAUGUCCAAGCUCCAGCUUCCAGCCAAGAGAGGAAAUUUUGUAGAGUUUCGUUCGAGUAUGAUAAAUAUUUGCCCCGUUGGCCGAUCUUGUAGUCAGGCAGAGAGAGAAGAGUUCUCUAGAUAUGAUUUAGAACACAACAUAAGAGCAAAAUUUGUGGAAGCACUUCAAAAUGAAUUUGACACGAAAUUGAAAUUUGCUCUCGGAGGGCAAAUCAGUGUCGAUGUUUAUCCUACAGGUUGGGACAAAACUUACUGUCUUCAGCAUAUAGAAAACGAAAACUUCAGUGAGAUUCACUUCUUUGGUGACAAGGUCAUGGCUGGGGGUAACGACCAUGAAAUCUACAAUGACCCACGGACAAUUGGCCACGUAGUAACAUCUCCAGAUGAUACAAAAGAACAGUUAAAACAGUGCUUAAAUAUUAAGUAAAAUGUUAUUUUAAUCUUAUAUUCCAAUAAAUGAGCCACAGAAGUAUCGAGAAAACAUUUCUUC